AUGACAAUGCCCACUGCGUUGCGUCGCAAUGGUUCAUAUGACAAUAUGAUUGCAAGCGUAAUUGAGGCCGAUGAGUUAAUUUGCAAGCCAAAUGACUUGGUGAUUAGCUAUCAAAUGAAUGGAAGGGGAAAAAUACAUCCCACAUUCAUAAAAAAUGAUAUGCAUGUGAGCUUGUACAUGUUAGAUAUUGGUAUUGAUGGCUCUAGGCCUACAUUGAGGAUAAACGUUAAUGUGAGGCCUCCAAUUGAACCAACGAAUUCAUUUAACGGUGACAAUGAUUCGAUUGGAAAUGAAAGAUUGGGUGAUCAUUCAAAGGAGAGCUUGGGUGAUAAUUCAAAUGAGAGUUUGGGUGAUCAUUCAAUGAAUAUACAUGAUGAUCCAACUAAUGUGGAAAAUCAACCAGUAGAUGCGGAAGACCCCGAACCCAAAUGUUGUGAAGAAAUGCAGGCAAGGAAAUAUGAGUGUUUGGAUAUAUUUCAUAUUUAUAAGUACAUUGGCGAAAAUAGCUGUGGCGUUGAACAUGCCAAUAGUAGCCAUAGAAAAAUUUCAAUCAAAGUCAUUACUUCACUUUGUGUAAAUAUGUAUCGUGAUGACAAGGGUCCAAAUGUUAACGAGAUUCAAAGAGCUUUGUUUAAUUAUUUUCAUUGUAGUCUAAGCUAUUGGAAAUGUUGGAAGGGUGGUGUGGUUGCUAAUGAAAUGGUCCGAGGGACAGCGGAGAACAAAUAUUCAUGCUUACAGGCUUUUUCUUACAUGUUCGAGACACUUAAUGUUGGUUCUAGUUAUUGUCUCAUGGUAAACGAGGAUAGUCAUAGGUUCAUGUAUUAUUUCUUAUCCUUUGGUGCUUGCAUUAAGGGAUUUUCUCACAUGAGAAAGGUAAUUGCGGUUGAUGGCACUCAUUUACAUGGUAAUUACGAGGGCGUGUUGUUGAGCAUUGUUGCACAAGAUACGGAGAAUCAUGUUUAUUCGAUUGUUUUUUGUGUCGUGGACAAAGAGAAUGAUGCAUCUAGGACAUUCUUCUUUGAGAAAUUGAAGGAGAUUGUGGUCGAUGAACCAGAUUUGUGUUUUAUCUCCGAUAGACACAAGAGUAUCGCCAACGGUAUUGUGAACAUUUACAAUCAUGCUCACCACGGAUAUUGUAUAAUGAACCUCGAUAAAAAUCUUCGUGUAAAUCAUCAUUAUGCAGAUUACCUUUAUCUUUACUAUAAUGCGGCAAAGACUUAUUCUUUGGAGGAGUUUGACAUUUAUUUUGUAGAAUUCAAGAACAAAUGGCCCGCUGCAGCUGUCGUCCUUGAGCAUGAUAUUGGUUUUGAGAAGUGGAGUAGGACACAUUUUCCUGGCAAUAGAUAUGAUGUUAUGACCACAAAUAUCGUCGAGUCACUCAAUGCGAUGUUGAUAGACGAAAGAGAGUAUCCCGUGACAUCUAUAUUUAAUUCGAUUGCUAAGAGGUUUGGAGAAUUGUUUAGGGAGAGGCAUGCAUAUAUCCUCAAAUCAAUGGGUAAUCAAAUGUAA